AUGGCCCAAUCGGUUGAAGAAGCGGAUCUGGACAAGGAGAAGCAGUUGGACGAGGUCGAGGUUAGCAGAAACAACGAGUUCACCCCAACUUUCGAGUACUCCGCCGCCGAGGAACGAGCUCUGUUGCGCAAACAAGACUUGACCAUCCUCCCACUUUGCGCUGCCAUCUACUUCCUCUGCUAUCUCGACCGGUCCAAUAUCGGCAACGCCCGCAUUCUCAACUCGACGACGCACAAUGAUAUGCAAUUUGAAACCCAUUCCACACAAUACCAGUUCAACAUUGCCUUGAUGGUGUUCCUCGUGGCAUAUGCUAUUUUCGAGGUCCCAUCCAACAUUCUGCUCAAGAAGCUGCGACCUUCGCGAUGGAUCGCAUUCCUCAUGUUCUCAUGGGGUGCCAUAACCAUGGGCCUUGGCGGUGUCCAGAACUUUUCCUCUUUGGCCGCAGUGAGGUUCAUCCUUGGUGCUUCUGAAGCCGGUCUUUUCCCUGGUCUCGUAUAUUAUCUGACCUUCUGGUACAAGUCAGACGAGCGCAGUGUCAGAGUCGCCUCAAUCCUCGCCAGCGCCACGCUCGCGGGUGCCUUCGGAGGCGCAAUUGCUUACGGCAUCGGCCACAUGAAUGGUGCAAGCGGACUAUCUGCCUGGCGCUGGCUCUUCAUCAUCGAAGGCGCACCCUCUUGUGUCUCAUCGCUCUUUGUCCUCUUUGUCCUACCGGACUACCCGGAAGAGCACUUCAAAGGAAGAGAACGCGAAAUUGCGCUGGCUCGUCUCAAGGUUGAAGGAAGCAAGAGACACCAUCGUAGCAUGACGUGGGAAGACGCCAAGACGACGCUCACAGACUGGCGACUCUACGGUCACUACCUCAUCUACUUUGGAGUCUCGGUUCCUUUCAGCUCGUUGUCAUUGUUUACCCCAUCCAUCACUUCCGGUUUGGGAUACAAAGAUCUCCAGGCUCAGUUGAUGAGUGUUCCACCUUAUGCGGUAGCUUAUGUUACGCAAAUUCUUGUUUCGUGGUCGGCAGACCACUUCAACGCUCGUGGUAUCCACAGCGCCGUAUUUGCACUCAUCGGUGCCGUAGGGUUUAUCGCGUUGGUAUCACUACCAGUAGAUGCCUUCCAGCACAGAUACGGUUGCCUCAUCCUUGCAUCGGCAGGUUCUUUUGCCUGUAUCCCCCCAAUGCUGGGAUGGCUGUCAUCCAAUGUCUACAGUACGGCUUCGGUAGGCCUUGCUAUUGCAAUCAAUGUGAGUUUCGGGGGUGGGAUCGGCCAGAUACCCGGGGUCUGGAUAUACCCAAAAGAGGAGGCUUCUCGAGGAUAUCCCACUGGCCACUGGACUAACGCCGGGAUGCUUCUCAUGGUUUCGGCGGGAGCAGCUGGGCUUCGUGUCUGGUAUGGCUACAAGAACCGAAAGCUUCUUCGCGAAGCUAAUGGGCAGGAAGUCCGGCUAUUCAGACUUUAA